GGGGACACACAUUUUACCACUUUGGAAGUGUCUCUCGCGCAAACUAUUCAUUUUAGAAAAAAAUGAUAUUAGAAACCUCAAUAUCAUUUUUGAAGACCUAUCCAUAGAUACGUUGGCGAUUUGUCCUCUUCGCUGUUCGCAGUUCGGGGAUAACUCUUAUUUCAUAAUAAAAGCGAACUUUUUUUAGAGGAAUGUGUCCUCAUCGAAGUCUUAAUCCUAUCUUAAGCAAUUUCCUACUUAACCUAGCACUCAUAAACCAAGGAAUAUGAGGAGAUUCACAUUCGAAAAAACUUCGUGUCUAAAAUGUUGUGACCAGAACGCCAGCUCAUAUUUUCUCUUAAGUCCCAUUCAGGUGUAGGGUCCACCAUGGCAAAUCUACAGGGCGCAAUUAUGCCUCAGAGGCAGCAAGCCUUAUUUAGAUCUCGGACAACCACAAAGCUGCAUCCUAUAGAUUCGCGGAGGUUGGCCCAACCUGUGUAAGUAAAGCUCGCAAAAGGACGUAGUGGACUUAUAAAUAUAUGAGCAACGUAAAAGAUUUAAACUCGUAACUAAAACGAUUCGACUUCUAUUGUUCUUCGAACUAUUUUUAGUCUUUUUUAGUCUGUACUUACGUCUUUUUGCCGCUCAAAUGUUGAGUGGAAGAGUUUAACUUGCAAUUCUCGUGCUUACCAACAAAAUAAGCAUCAGCAGUGCAUACUACUUAAAGUUAUCACGAGGUAAAAAAGUAGAAAACUUAAUAAAUACUUCUUUAGCAAAGUGUCUGCUUAAACUAUAUAUCUAAAUUAGCGCCAUUAUUUUGUAAUGUAACCAUAAAAUAAGCAAUUCACAAAUCCACAUACAACAUAAAACACUGUUAGUACUGUUACAUCGUUCCUGUAACUCUGUUUAGACCCGACCAGUUCGCUACAGUAUUUUACAACUAAACAUAGGCCGCCGUAUUAUACGAGCUAGCCAAAUGAAAAUGGUUCUUACCACGUGCUCUUAAAGUACCUAUCUGUAAGCAACACGGGGAUGCUAAAGUUACAGUAACCGAACACGUUGGAACUGUACACGGAAGACCAUUUAUCAAACAAGAUAGCUCACUUCAAACAUGCUCGGACCGUUGACUUAUGACCCGCGCUCGUUUGUAACCUAAUACGACUGUGACAUGAUAAAAGAAUUAUGUUUCAUAUGGCGAGAUGUGCCGAGAUAGGCCUAUUUGGAGAAAGUUAUGAGUUGAGAUGUAAUGGCACAUUGCAUUUAAUAGUAGCAUAUCUCUGUACCUACUAGUAAUAUCACACACACACGCAUCCAUUACGUCACACGAAAUAUCGAGUUUUUGGAACUUCCUCCUCGCUUGUCACGCUUUUCUCUCUCUUUAACGUGUACUGUCACAUUCACAUUUGGCAUGACCCAGCCCAGUUAGUUAGUAUAGUUCACAAAGCUUUCUAUGUACCUAUUAUUAGUCCAGUCUGUUCUCUUGUUGUUCACUAUUUUAAAAUAGUCAAUACAUUUCCCCAUAUUUCAGUUUCCAUUUAAUUACAGAGUAAACAUACAUCGUUAAACAAUAAGCUCUUGAAACAAUACGGCUACAACGAUAAUCCCUUUUUACGGCCCUUGAUUACUAAUAAAGUAACAAUUGUCGAUGCACUUUAUUGGGCUGUCGCGACGUGUCACGAAGCGCUGCCCUUCGGGGGGCGAACGGUCAAUUAAAUAAUCAGCUCGCGGUGAAGGACCGCCUAUUCAGGCGUAGAGUGAUGCUGUGGGAUUGUGAUGAAAGUUCAUAUGGGUCAGAAGACUCUAAAGCUCGGUGGAACAAGUCAAGGAUAGUGGUUUUAUGGUCUAUAAUUUGCGUAUGGUGCUCUCGAUCAUAACGCCAAAAUUUGUUCCUUGAUUCACCGGCUUGUUCUGAGAGCAUUCCAAUGGAUAAGGAAAUAGAUUCUAUGAUUUUCGCACCAUGUAUUAGUAUUUUAUGAACCGUGACGGUCAUGUACCAGCCAUAUUUUUUGACGUAUUUGGUAGCCAAAUUGUUACAAAAUACCUGAAAAUUCAUAGAAUCUAUUUCCAAACCGCAUGAUAAUGCCACAAGAAUAGUAUGUAGGUCAUCAACAAGCCAUUCUUCGAGGCCUAAAAUAUUGGCAAAGGUCUUUCGAUUUGAUUUUGAUAAAGCAGUACUGCCCGUAUUACCGUCAUUCCGUUCCUGAAUUGGGCCGAACUACGUCAACCAACAAACCCAUUUUCUGUCUGACAUUAUUUUGGAUUUGGUCUUCCACUAAACAAGCUUGUGGGCGCCCUCAUGCCCCUCUAGCAUUAAGUUACUCGGUCGAGGCCCAAAAUGACAACCCCCAGGAGAAUGGGUCAAUUUCUCCUGAGGCUUUUUUCCGGCUCCAUGACGCCUCACCCCCGCUUCUCCGGACACUAUUGGGUUUUAGCGUCAGCUGGGCGAGGGCGGGAUCCCUUCCUAUUACCACGCCAUGUCCUUCAUCGAAAAUAUGACCCAAUGUAUUGUUGGCGACAAGCCCGCCGCCGCAUCGAGUUAACUCCACAGCAACAGCGAUGACGUCCACCGUCACGUCACCGGACCGGUUAGCCAGCGACGGGGACCGGGGCCGGUCCGCGGGGGGACGGUCAGAAUCGAACUUACGGCUCGCGGAACGCACACAUAUCGCGUCGCGCCAAAAAUAAUUAUAACUACCUCUGUAAUUACCAGUAAUUAAAUUAGUGUUUACAGUCCGCUAUAGUUUUAUUCAGCAGUCUAGAUAUCCUGGAUUCGACAUACUACACGAAUUAGGCACUAGACGCAACAUAUGGUCCUAAACUCGCCGAAGAAGAGAAGCGACCCUGUUAAUUACGAAGUUACGAAGAUUUUUUUGGAAGUCGGCCGACCACGAGAGCGCAGUUCUUCAUUCAUCAGCAUCACCAUCCGUCCACCUUCAGUGUCUUCUGGCUAGCCGCUUAUGCUAGGAAAUAAAAUCGUCAAGCAACGGCAAACCUAACGCACCAACGACGGACUUAGGUAUCGCGAAGGACACCAAGCGAACUCCCCACGAGCCAAGAAGCAAUCAAUUACGGUCCCAGUGCACAAAAUAAUCUAAAGUGAAACCGAAGUGCAAUAGGAACAGGAGCCCGCAAUCUACUGGACAAUAAUCAGGAGAGCAUAACUGUGAGGUCUUUCCAAUUCCUAUUACCUAAUUAAACUCGGUUGUUUUAAUUUAAACUCUUAUUUCACAAUCGUAAUAAUCACAAGAUCAUUUUCAAAAUAACAUUGCUUACGGGAACUUUAACCGUAGCGUAAUUGUGUUGCUUAACUUUGCUUCGAUCUCAAUAACAUUACAACAUAAAUAACAUUUUUAUUAUUUCAUUAAUUGUCAUUUCAUACAUAAGUAACAAUUUCGCAUUAAUCGUAAUUAGAAAUAAACAAAACCAAUUACAGUUAAAUUGAGUUACAUUCAUAGAUAAUUUAUACCUAUAAUAUACAUACAAAUAUAUAAAUAAACAUAAUAAUUUAUACAAUCUUAAAAUCAUAUACAUAUUCAACGAAAUCUUAUUGUUUACAAUUACUAAUUUUAUUCGUAAAUACACGUAAUUACAGUAAAGUGUUAAAUAACAUACAGUAAACAAUAAGAUAACGUACAUUACAUUUAGAUUUGGCCGUAAGUUAAAUCAGCAUAACAGUAAUAAAAUUUGAUUACGAAUCCAUUUCAUUAUAAGAUUAUUAUCAUAGUUAACAUUCAUAUUGCUAAAUCAUUGAACAUUCCGUACCUAUUUUCAUAGUCAAUAGGUGGGUAUACCUACAAUAAUUAUUGUAUAGUAAAAGUUAAGUGUCUGAUCAAAUUUUUUAGCAAUAGCACAAGUUGGUCCGACAUUAAAAAAGUAUCAGCGCCUGCAAAAAUUGCACAGGCAAAAGUUACAUUGUUAUUUUUGCCUUGCUAAUAAAAUAACAUCAGGGUUUUAAAUUAUCACCUUAAAAUUAAAUUGUUGCUAUUUAUUUUUCGUCAGGGUUUUGCAUAGUGCUUAGCGCUUAUAAUAAUUAGCAGAUUGCUUCAUUUAAUUCUUAUAACUGCAUAAUGUCUGCCGAGGAUAGAUGCAAAGAAUUAAUAAAGAAGCGCGCUUCAAUUAAAGCUAAGCUUACACAGUUUAUUGCUUAUUUUAAUACUGCGAAAACUUGUGAACAACUCAGUGAUUCGCAGUUAGUGGAAUUAGACAUGCGUAUUAAAAAACUUGAUGAUUCGUACGACUCUUUUGAUUUUUACCAGAGCGAAUUGGAGAUGCUAGCUGAGGAUCCUACCGAGCAAUAUACUGCACGCGAGCUGUUCGAGCGGUCUUACUACAAAGAGAUUGCCGCCGCUCGGGAGCUGGUGGACAGGCAUCGCAGCCAACGCGCCAAGGAGGUUCAAUCCGAGGUAGGCUCCAAUGAAUGCCCAACAGUGGUGUCUUAUAAGCACAACAAUGUAAGGUUGCCAAAAAUUAAUUUACCGCACUUCAGCGGUGGUUAUCAGAAUUGGAUGGAGUUUAAAGACAUUUAUGUUUCCUUAAUUCAUUCUGAGACAAGUAUCGACAACAUUAACAAGUUUCACUACCUACGCGCCUCUCUUCAUGGAAGCGCGGCCUUGGUGAUUAGAAGCUUGGACUUUAAGGGGGAUAACUACGAUGCCGCUUGGAAACUCCUUUGUGAACGAUACGACAACAAACAGUUGCUUGUCAACAAUCAUGUCCAGGCACUUUUUAAUAUUGAACAGGUGCAUAAAGAGUCAAGUGUAGCCUUGCGACAGAUUGUUGACAACACUAAAAAGAACUUAAAUGCCUUAGCAACUUUAGACCAGCCCGUAGAGCAUUGGGAUACAUUAAUAAUCCACAUCAUGGCAGCCAAAUUAGACGGAGUUACAAGUAGGGAAUGGGAGGAACAUAGGAAUCAGUUGACAAACCCUCCGGCACUUAGCGAUUUCAUAACGUUUCUUACCAAUAGGUGCAAUCUUUUGGAAACUUUAGAAGAAGCCAAGCACAACAGGGUUAGGACGGACACGUCUGUCAACAAUAAACCAAAAAGCCUUCUGGCUUCAGCAAGUAACGUUAAUAAGCCUAAAACAUAUAACGUAACUUGCCCUUUAUGUAAUAAAGCUCAUUACGUCUUCAAUUGCGAAAGGGCUUUGCCAGUAGAACAACGCGUACUCAAGGCAAAGGAAUUUAACGUGUGCUUAAAUUGCUUACGUCCCGGUCAUAACGAGAGUAAGUGCAAACUUAGCCACUGCAAGUACUGCAAGACCAAGCAUAACACACUUCUUCACGUCCAUACGGAACCUAAGACCGCGUCAGAACACAUAGCUUUUUCCGCGAAUGCCCACAAUGUUAACGUGGCCGAGCAUGUUUUGCUUUCAACAGCCUUAGUCAAAGUGCGCGAUGGUCAAGGGAAAUUGCACAGUGUUAGGGUCUUAUUAGAUAAUGGCAGUACAUAUAAUUACAUAACUCGGGACUUAUCUGAGAGGCUGAACCUGCCAAUUAAAAAUGUCAAAACUACAGUGUCCAUGCUUGAAAAGCAUGAAUCAAAUAUCACCCAAUCGUGCUCUCUUAAAUUGGAGUCUUAUGAUGGGGCUUAUAGCACUGACAUAGAGUGCAACGUAUUGUCCGACAUUACGUCACCAAUACCUCACACAUACAUUGACGUAACGGACGUACCCAUACCUUCGGAAAUUUGUCUUGCCGAUCCUUCAUACACCGAACCCGCUGAUAUUGAGAUUCUUCUUGGGGCUAAAAUAUUUUGGAGCGUUCUCGGCACCAAUCGCAUUAUCUUAGGCAAAAAUGAUCCCUUCCUCGUUGAGACAAAGCUAGGUUGGCUCUUAGUAGGCGCCAUAAAUCAACCUACCUCUGUCAAACCAGUUUGCUUGUUCCUGACUGACAAACAAACGGACACGACUCUUACAAAAUUUUGGGAACUUGAUACCAUAUCCCCAAAACAUGACUUCACACCGGACGAAAACGCGUGUGAAGAACUCUUUAACAAAACUACUAAGAGAGAUAAAGACGGACGUUUUGUGGUGACCGUUCCUCUGAAGGAAUCUCCCGAUACCUUAGGAGACUCCUACGGUUAG